UUCCUCAUGGUACCCACUUGCGUUCCAUUGCUCAUGAAGACACAAAGGAAUAGUCUGGUUGGAACUUUAUUGACACUACAUGUUAAAAACAUCCUAAUGAUUGAUUCUGUACUUAGUUUGAAAUGUUUCUUCGACCGGUAAUAUAACUUUUUGAAGUUUUUGUCCGAUGUAACGCUGACCAGAAUGAGUGUUUGGAUAUGUAAACCAAACUCGCUAACAAAGGAAGGUAUUUGGACAUAAAUAACAGACAUUUUUGAACAAAACAAACAUUUAUUGUGGACCUGGGAAUCCUGCUUUCUGAUGUAGAUCAUCAAAGAAACCCCAGUUGGAACAUUCCUGGAUUUCCUUCUUCCUGUAUGGGUUUUUUUUCUUUGACCAGUGUUUUGCAUGUCUCUACGAGGAAGAACUAAGACAAAAUAACUGACAGGGAUGCCUUUCAUCCUUCCACUGUGACAUCACCACGUUAUGAGGUCAAAGAGCAGGAAGUGCUGUAUAACUCCUGUCUCUGAGGGGGACAGGGCCACUCGGAGGGAGAGGGAGAGCUGACAACAAUAUCAACAACAACAUCGACAACAACAAACAUCAGGGAUGGGCCACUCUCUGUUUCUCCUCUUCUUCUCAGGGCUGUCCAUCCUCCCCUCAUGCCUCUCUCAUAAGUUCCACUUUGUGAACAUCAAUAAAACCUGGACUGAAGCUCAGAGUUACUGCAGACAGAACCACACUGACCUGGCCUCCAUAGACGACAUGGCAGAUAUGAACAGACUCAUAAAUACAGUAGAGGCUGAGUUAUUGACUGAACCAGCCUGGAUAGGGUUGUAUAACACCAGCUGGAGGUGGUCUCUGGGAGACACAGAAUUAGGGACGAAGAUGUUUUGGGAAAAAGGCCAACCAGAUAAUAGAAACAACAAUGAGUCCUGUGUGUGGAUGCAAAAUGGGCUUUGGCAUGAUGCGAACUGUGGUAAACGACAUCAUUUUGUCUGCUAUGACACAAAUCGCACUAGUCUCACUAGUCAGUACAUCCUCGUCACUGAAAAUAAGACUUGGAGUGAGGCUCAGCGCUACUGUCAGAAGAACCAUAAGGACCUGGCCAGUGUGAGGGAUGUAACAGAGAAUAUCACCAUACAUGAGGCCAUACAGAACACCAAGAAGGCAAGUUCACUUGAAGAGGUGGUGUGGAUCGGCCUGUAUAGAGACUGGAGGUGGUCUGACCAGAGUGGCUCAACCUUCAGAAACUGGAUGGCAGGCGAGCCAAACGGGGCAGAUGAGAGAGGAGAGCACUGUGUGGAAGUUAAGUUCCCAUCUGGAGAGUGGAAUGAUCACCUCUGUGUCACCGAAAAUCAUUUUAUCUGCUAUGAUGAUAAACUGGUUCUGGUCUCAGAGAACAAGACGUGGUCAGAAGCCCUGAGGUACUGCAGAGACCGGAACAUGGAGCUGGUGUCUGUCCACAACCACAGCAUCCAGCACUGGGUCCGACAGAAAGCCAAGAUGGCCUCCAGUCCCUUCGUCUGGCUGGGCCUGAGGUACACCUGCACUCUGGAAUUCUGGUUCUGGGUCAAUGGAGAAGAGUCCUGCUACCACAACUGGGCCCACGGGGAGGGCUACAACACCAGCAAGGACCAGUAUGGGAACACGGGGGCCAUAGAGAGAGAUGGGGGGAAGUGGGUCGGCCUGCCUGAGACUGACAAAUUCAACUUCAUCUGCAGCAAGAGGGAUGGUCAGAUUUAAUCAGUUUUUUAAUCUCUCUCUCAAUUCAAUUAAAUGUGCUUUAUUGGCAUGACUUAACAAUGUACAUAUUGCAAAAGCUUACUUUGGAUAUUUACAAUAUUAAAAUAAUAAAAUCACAAAUGUCAACGUGACAACAAUAACCAAGGGUCACAAUAACCAACACAUUGAACAAUAACAAUAAGCAUAGAGUAGAGGACAUGUGCAGGUUGAUUGGUCUGUCAGACUCUGUCUCUCAUCUUAUAGCAGGCAGCAAUGUAGUGCGCUGCCAACCAACAGCUCUCUGCGUCCUCCCCCAACAGGACGGGUAGCUUACCCUCAUCAGAGAGGUCUUUGAAACCUUGAAUAAGGGCUUCAAAUUUUGGGAAAUGACACUCUCUAAUUGUUUUGAUAUUUUUGACAUUUUGUCAGGAAAUGCAGCUCCAUCUCAGGUUCUGCAGUGGUUGCACAGCCUUUCCUCUACAGGGAGCCAGGUUUUCCUGUGUCUACCCUUCUCAAUGGCAAGGCUGUGCUCACUGAGCCUGUACUUUGUCAAGGGUUUUCUAAGGUUUUGAUCAGUAACCAUGGUCAAAUAUUUAACCACGGUGUACUGUCGAUUUAGAGCCAGUUAGCACUGCAUUGUGCUUUGUGUUUGUGCUUCCUAAUAAUUAAUGUCGCUUUUUAAAACUGUUAUGUAAUUUGGUUAAUUCUGAUUGAUUGGAUGUUCUGGUCCUGAGGCUUCAGUGUGUUUGUAGAACAGGUUUGUGAACUCUCUCUCUGUGUCUCUCUCUCUCUCUAUUUCAUUAAUCUUUAAAAAAAUAUAUAUAUAUUUCUGUAAUACAGUGUAGUGGAACACAAAAAGGAUCUCCCCCCAGACCCGCCUUUCAUCCCGACUCAACAAAUACCCAUGAAAGACAUGACAGUACCGGAUGAGCUACCCGCCUGGACUAUGUCACCCCCUGAAGAACCAAGCUUCCAAACAGCAGAACCUGACUGGUAUCAACUGGCUCCGCCCAUGGUAGAAGGAGAAUCUGCUGGCUGGGAAAAUCUAUUAGAGUCAUUAUUGCUUGAAUAGGCUGGACUCUAUAAGAGGAAGGUAGCGCUUUAAGCUAUGUAGGAAGUACAUCCUUAUAUGGGUAUGAACAGAUGUAUGUACUAGCCAACCGAAACAGGAAAUAAUAUUGGGAGGAAGUAGUAGGUAAUAACAGGACACCUAGGGGAUUUUGGACGGUGAAAAAAGGUAUAUAUAGAGAAACUGCCGAUACUUCAGCGCUGACUUCUUGAAUUCUGAAUUCAUAGAGACAACCAUUUGAACCAGGUAUUGGUGCCUGGCUCAUCUCUAGAUUCUAACUCUAUUGAAUUUGGACUAGAUUCUUGUGCUGAGACUCCUUGUGUUCCUAUCUAUUCCAAACCAUUACUACUGGCAGUGUGUGGUUCUUGAGGCUUUGUCCACUAUAUGACAGUCCCUGCUUUGUGAUCGCCUGACCAAGGUCUAAUCACCGGCAUUACUGGAAAUAGUUUGGCAUCCCGAGACAGGACUUAAACACUGAACCCAGGGGUUUUUCGUUGGAGGAUAGUGAAACAUCAGUAGACGAUCAGUUGACCAAGAACGACUCUAGUUUCCUCAUUCAAUAUAACUUGAAUCCAAUUUAGUUAAAAUAACGAAUCCAAUUCAACCUCUCGGCAGUUAGAGGGGAGUCGCUACACUAAACUACAUUUCUCAAAUUCUGACCGAUUGAAACUCUGCUCCUGAUCUCGUGGGUCUCCUCCUCCUCCUCUCUCAAAGGUAAUUAAAUAACUAUUACAAGCAUUUAAUAUAGAGAUAAGUGUUAUCAUUGUACCAGGCAUUUUAUAGAGCAUUAAGUCAUUUGCAUGUUUUUGAUUAACGCUGUGUGUGACCGAGCAACAAAUGGUCUAUUUUGAAGUGUGUUUGAUUGUAAAAGACAAAAAACAGAGUGUUUUCUAAAAUAAACGGUAGUCUUAUUUUGUCUCGAGCAAAAGGUUCUCUCAAAGACAGUUAACGGCACGGGAGAUAACAACUCUGACACUCCCCGCUACCGGGACACUGGAAACGGGGAUCAAUGCUCUAUGACAGAAUGAGUUACCAUUAAAAGACAAA